CUGACGCGGCUGCGGGCUGAGGAGACACAAGAGGAGUCGCUGUCGCCACUGUCGCAUCCGCCGCCACCUGAAGCUGCUGGGACCCCCAGCCUCGCCGUCCCUUCCAAGCCUCCCGCGCCAUGCCGUCGGAGAAGACCUUCAAACAGCGUCGCACCUUCGAACAAAGAGUAGAGGAUGUCCGACUUAUCCGAGAGCAGCAUCCGACCAAAAUCCCGGUGAUAAUAGAACGAUACAAGGGUGAGAAGCAGCUUCCUGUCCUGGAUAAAACCAAGUUUCUUGUACCUGAUCAUGUCAACAUGAGUGAACUAAUCAAGAUCAUUAGAAGGCGCUUACAACUCAACGCUAAUCAAGCCUUCUUCCUGUUAGUGAAUGGGCACAGCAUGGUGAGCGUAUCCACACCAAUUUCAGAAGUGUAUGAAAGUGAGAAGGAUGAAGAUGGAUUCCUGUAUAUGGUAUAUGCCUCUCAGGAGACAUUUGGAAAGAAAUUGUUGGUGUAAGACUAGAAAAAUGCGUAUGUUCUAGAAUUUUUUAAACCCUUACCAACAGGAAAAAAAGGGAUGUUACCAACUGAGAUUGAUCAGUUCAUCUAAUCACAGAUCAUCAAAACAGUAGUGUUCCUGCCUAGGGGCUGUAGAAAGUUGUUUUUGUACUUUGAGCAGAAAAACUGAGUUCCAAAUGAGCACAUUCAGCUUUGGAAAACUAUAUUAUUUAACCUAGGCUGUCUUGUUUUAAAAUUUAGAAGUUUAAAAAUAAAAUACUUUGCCUUCUGAGUUACCAAUAAAAUAGAUCUUCAGUUAUUUUAAUGCCUUUCCACAAUAGGAACUUGCACUUUGAGCAUUCAGAGACAAUAAAUCUUUUCUCUAGGUUCACAGAACCUGCCAACUUUUUAAUUGAAGGGUUUCUACCCAACUAGAAAGGUUUCUAAGAGGAUCUUUAAGCAUAAGUUGUCAAGCAUAGCCCCCCAAAAUACAUUUGCCAUAGUAGCUGGCAAAAAAAGCAGGCCAAAUAGGGGUGUGUAAGAAAACUGUGAACUGUCAAAGAUUCCUGAUUCCAAGUCAGCUGUUGCAGUGUUAGGAAGUUCCUAUUUGGUUUGUUCUCCAGACAGGAACACACAGAAGACUACCACUGCUCAGUAGAAACCUUCAAUAAUUUAUUUUGGUCUAGUUUCUCAAAAAAAAACCAAAAAACAAAACAAAAAAACCGGAGGAAAAAAGUGACAUUUCUUCUGUUUUGGAUAUUCUCUGAUCAAAGAGCUCAAACUAGUGCCUGUUUUGGUAAAUAAACAAGCAAUUGUAUCAGUUUCAUUUUUUAGGGCAGGGGUGGAAACUACAGAAUUCUGACACUAAAAACAUCAAAAUUCAGAUGCACUUCCUCGAUAUUUAGGCUUAAAGAUACAGAUGAUCCAUGUUUUAUGUUAAGUAUGUGACUAAAAUAUGUUAUUAAAAAGUUACAUUUUUAAGAGUAUUUCAGUUAUCACUGUUAAGUCAAAACAACCAUCGAAAUUCCCGCACUCUUAAGUGCAUGUCAGUUGUGAAGAAAACAGUAAAAAGAGAUAUUCUCUUCACAGAUAUUAAUGUCAAAAGUUAAAACUUAUUUUCCAAGUCCCACUAGAAUAACCAAUACGUCCUACUACCUGCAUGAGGUUCAUUAUUUACUAUUUUUAUGGGAGUAUCACAAAAAGAUCACAGACCACUUUAGAUUACAUGUAGCAGGUCAUGAUUUGCCCUUGUAUAUUUAGAUGUAUAUGGAAUACCUGCAUCAGUUAGUGGAAAUUAUUUACUGUAAUGGAGGGAUUAGGCAAUAUUACUGCAUAUGGGCCUUGAACCCCCAACCUCCCAUCACCUACUGCUGCUGCUGCAUGCGUCUGUCUACAUGGCUAACUUUUAAUAUGUAUAUUUUUACAUUAUGUACAUUCUUAAUUGGCCUGUCUUACUUAGAUUGUAUACGUCAUUAUAUCUGACAUUCUUGUAACUACUGUGUGAUCAAUAAGAUUCCUGUAAGAAAUUCUGCUUUUUAAAAAAAAUACCAUGGCAAGAGGGGUGACAUAUCCCGUAUUAGUGGGGGGUCACUCAAUAUUUAUAGGGUCUUUAAAAAAGUACAUUUUUAAUGAACUAAGGUGAAUAAAGGCACAAUUAAAAACUGUCAUCAAA